AUGGGCCGGCUCGUGACCGUUGCUGCCUCUUCGCUCAGGCAAUGGGCCCUGGAUUUCGAGGGUAAUACGGACAGGAUCAUCCAGUCCAUUCACCAGGCCAAAGCUGCUGGUGCUAGACUUCGCGUUGGGCCAGAAUUAGAGAUAUCAGGCUAUUCUUGCAAUGACCAUUUUCUCGAGCCAGACCUGUAUCUACAUUCUAUGGAGAUGCUGGCUCGGAUUCUGGAAGAUGAGACGUGUCACGGUAUCCUCCUCGACAUUGGUCUCCCCGUCACCCACCGCAGCGUCAACUACAAUUGCAGAGUCAUCUGCCUUGAUGGCAAAAUUCUCUUUAUCCGCCCAAAGAUGCAUUUGGCCAAUGACGGCAAUUACCGAGAAAUGCGAUACUUUACUCCCUGGGUUCAACCGACAUACUGGGAGGAGUUUCACCUCCCCAAGGCUUUACAAAAGCUGCAAGGAAGCACCCAUGUGCCCUUUGGUGAUUGCGUCAUCAGCACACCCGACAGCUGCUUCGGAGCCGAAACCUGCGAGGAGAUGUGGACGCCAAACGCGCCUCAUAUUCCGAUGACUUUGGAUGGCGUCGAGAUCAUCACCAAUAGCUCCGCCAGCCACUUCAGCUUGCAGAAAUUAGACACUAGAUUGAAGCUCAUCGGUGAAGCUACUCGCAAGUGUGGAGGUGUCUACAUCUACUCCAAUGCCUCAGGCGGUGAUGGCGACAGGCUGUAUUUUGAUGGGUCGGCCAUGAUCCUCUGCAAUGGCCAGGUCCUUGCGCAAAGUCCUCAGUUCUCGCUGAAUGACGUCGACGUCGUUACUGCAACCGUUGAUCUGGAAGAAGUCCGUGCCUAUCGCUCAAGUAUUUCUCGGGCGUUGCAAGCCGCACAUAAUACUCUAAAAUACAAGAGGAUACAGACAUUGUUUGAGCUUAGCCCCGAUGAGGAUGAUUUGUAUCCUCAACGCCGACCAACCCCGCCCCGGGAACCGAAAUUCUUCUCCGCCGACGAGGAAAUCGCACUUUGCACUGGCUGUUACCUUUGGGAUUACUUGACAAGAAGUAAAUCAGGGGGCUAUCUCGUGCCACUGUCUGGGGGCUUAGACUCCUGCGCAACGGCUAUUUCUGUUUUCUCAAUGUGCCGACUCGUUAUGUCUGCCCUCAAGGACGAAAACAAGCCGGUAAUUGCCACCGUCCAACGGAUUUUCGGUCAGGAUGAGCUUCCCCGAACUGCCCAAGAAUUGUGUCGUCGCGUUCUGCAUACCGUGUACAUGGGAAUGUCGAAGCAGAGCUCCCGCGAGACGCGCACGCGUGCGAAAGAAUUAUCCGAGGCCAUUGGAAGCUACCAUAUCGAUCUUGAUAUCGACACUGUGUAUCAUGCACAGAAAAGUCUAGUCGAACAGUCUUUGGGAUUUGACGCAAAGUUCAAAGUUGAAGGUGGCUCCGAAGCUGAAAAUCUCAUGCUUCAGAACAUUCAGGCCCGCACCCGUAUGGUGACUGCUUACGAAUUCGCUCAAAUUCUCCCAACAACCCGCAAGUUGACUGGCGGAGGUCUUCUGGUCCUGGGCAGCGCCAAUGUUGGCGAGGCGCUCCGAGGUUACAUGACAAAAUAUGAUUGCUCCUCGGCAGAUAUCAAUCCGAUUGGCUCCAUCGACAAGGCAGCUCUUCGAGGCCUCAUCUCCUGGGCCCAGGUCAACUUUGGCAUACCAUGCCUGGAAGACUUCCUCACUGCCGCUCCCACGGCCGAGUUGGAGCCUGUGACGGAGGACUACGUGCAGUCAGACGAAGCAGACAUGGGAAUAACCUACGCUGAACUGACCAUAUUUGGUAUGACUCCUUUUAUGCUUACAGCGUGUGACGAUCUUCUGACAGAACCAGGGCGCCUACGCAAGGAAAGGAAGAUGGGGCCCUUGUCCAUGUGGCAGCAUCUCGUCCAUGUCUGGGGCAAAGACCGAGUCAAGGAACCAAACGACGAGAACCCCUGCCUCGAUCCAGCAGAGAUUGCCGAAAAGGUCAAGUUCUUCUUUGUGAAAUAUGCGAUCACGCGACACAAGGCCACGACCCUCACGCCUGCUUCUAACUUGGUGUUUUUCCUCGAUCUAGUGCACUGCAACGAUUAUUCACCUGAUGACAACCGCUUUGAUUUGAGACCAUUCCUUUACCCCUCCUUCUGGCAGAGCUGGAGCUUCAAGCGGAUAGACAAGGAGCUUGCGCGCAUCGAGAAGGCGCGUCAGAAACAAUAA